AUGCCGGACCAUAUCGUAUAUGAUGGUGUCCCGCGCACUGCUGAUAACGGAGAGAUCAACCAGGAAGGAAACGGUGUGGACGGGCCCAACGGAAACGACAACCACGGUUCAAAGCUAUUCUCUGGCCAGAAACUCUGGUUUGCUCACACCGUCCCUUCGCGACACUGGCUGAUGCACAACGCCGGUCUGCACGGCGCCACCAUUGUCAAAUUCGACGUCGAUGCUGACAUCAAACUCGUCGAUCAUGCAAAGAAACACCAGGCUCCAGGCACCCACUCCUACAGAUACGUUGAACUUUCAAUUAGGAAUGGAAAAUUGGAAAACCUCGACUCCCAUGCAAUUGGAGUACCUACAAGAGCAGCCAGGCAGGUCGGGAGUACGGUGACAGCAGCGAAAACGGGGAGAACAAAGUUUACAGAUGAGGAGGAUCAGUUGCUGUAUAACUGGAUGAAACCAUUUGAGGAUGCGGGAGGCGCCUACAAGGGAAAUGAAAUCUACAAACAAUUUGAACGAGUGCACCCAAAUCAUCCAUGGCAGAGCUAUCGCGACAGGUGGUUGAGGAUUACCAGAUUUCAAAAGCGACGGAUAACUGCACCCCCGGGAGGGGAAGAACCCCAGCCCGGGGACCCAGUCUCUGAGAUGUCAGUCUUGUCACAGCAAAGAAAGAGAAGACGAGGAGCAGAUGACGAUGGGGAAGAGCAACGAGCUGAUGCCCAUCAAGAGCUCAAUCGCCUGAAGCCGCCGCCAGUAACAGCCAGAAAAGUAGCAGAUGAGGCCUCAGACCGUGCUUUCGUUGACCCAGGAGCGCUGUCUUCCACGGAACCAAACAUCCUACUGAGAUCAUCAUCGAGGAAAGGCCGUGUCAAUGCUUCCGGACAAGGGAAAGAGGAAUCAAGUGUCUCAAGAAAAGCAAGGAUGGAAACUGGGCAUUCUCUCACAAAGGCAGAGCUCCAGCAACUCUUUCAUCUGGUGCCAAACUUAACCCACACCACACCCGAUCAAUUCGACAAAGCCUGGGGGGGAUUUGCUGCCGCAUUUUCCUCCACCGAGCACAAUCCCGAAGCUUUGAAGCGUUUUUUUGAGUCGGAGGUUGUUCCUGGGUAUUGCAGAAGACACAACCAGCCGAUCGAAAAGGUUGCUCCAUAUCUGUUUAGGAAUGCCGGGACUGGUCUUAGUACCUCAUUGCAUGACAGUCGACCCAUUGGUGGAAGUGAGGGAGCCACAAAUCCCGUCUCAGCCUCGAAUAGGGUCAUGUGCAGCAAUUGCUACACUAGCGAGACCGAUCUUUGGCGACUUGACAAAGGACAGCGUCUAUGUAAUUGGUGUGCGGUGUUCUUAAGAGUCAAGAGCGUCCUAAGGCCGUUAACUGCUCGUCUGAAGGCGAAGCGGGAACGUUCAAGCCAAAGCGGAAAUCCCGAAGCGAAGAUACCUCCAGUAAAUGUCACCGCGCGACAGUCUGGUUCUUCUGUCAAAUCUGCUGCCACCCCAGGGUCUAUCCACCCAAGUGGGGUGGUUCAAGCAUCUCUGAACGUUUCUUCGGAGGGCGUCAACCAUCCUCCACUCUCAUCCCCCAGAAGUCUUUCCUCAGAGCUUCAAGUCGUGUCUCCUUCGUUCCAGUCAGAAUCCCCGACAAGAAGUCAACUUCCUGAGCAUAACGAGGCCCGAAAAAGAAGUGCGGGGCGAGACACACAACCACAGUCGACCCAAAAGUCAAGCACAUCCGACACACGAAGCCAGACUCAACAAGGAAUUUCACAGGAAUCUGGAACCAUCAUGGGAGAACUCCAAUCCGCGGAAGCACAAGCACGACCUGAAGAUGGACCCCAAGCGAAGUCUCCGAAGGCUGUUACGGGUGUCCCUCCAUUCGAAGUUUCCACAGAUCAGAAGACGAAUUCCGGGGAGGCAAGCUCCCUACCAAGCUUACCCGCUAUGCUAUCAACGCAAACAAGCUCACAUUCCCGUUCAAAUUCGUCUCCACUAUUCAUGCAAGAAGAUGAAGAAGGAGGAGGAGGCGACGAUCUAGAGAUGAAGGAAAUUCAAGGAUCAAUUUCGGACAUCGAUUCCUCAAGGAAUCCAACGAGUUUGGGGCUAAUAAAAGAACAACAUGGGCCUAAUCCAGAACCCAAUCAGCAAUCCACUCUCGACGACUCCGAGUCUUCACAACGAGGCGCAGAUUUUAAUCCAGGGGAGGUAAAUACUAGUGGCACGGCGGAAACGCCGACCGAAGCGUUCGAAACUGGACGAGAGGCAAUGGAGAAUUGGGAAACAGCACGGGAGCACCACCAGCACAAGGAUAGUCAACUAGACACGCAGGCGCUAUUCAAUUGUUCCCAAUUCGGUAACGAAGAUAUGGAAUUCGACUUUGCACUCCCUGAGCCGGACGGCGGAUGGAAGCGAGUACUUGGUUCUCAACUUCCCUCGGAGGACGAGGAUGAAGGUCAGGAUGAAGAGCCCAAUGUCACCAUACGAGCGGACGACCGGAGCAACCAUGUCUUCGGAUCCCAUAUUCAAAUUGGGGUCGAAAAUGGGACCCAAGUUGCCCCUGUUCCUCAAUCGCUGCAUGUACCUGCCGCUGAAGCCGACACGAACGAUGGAGACAAUGAAGGCGACGAAGAUGGCCGCGAGAUGGACGACUGGCUGGCUCUCCAGAAAUCUCUGCACAAACACGUUCCACACGUCGAACCCAUUCUUUUCAAGGCCGUUGAAUCGACAACAUUCGACUUUGCCCUUGCGACUGAGGUUGUGGAGAUCAUGCUGGAGGUGCUCAAAGAACAGGGUCAGGAGUGUCGAUGUUCAUCCAUGUCUGCCUCAAGACUCGAGAGUUUACUCCCACGGGAUAUGAAGGGUGUCUGGACGAAAGACGACGAUGAUCUUCUGCAGAGCCACGAUAAAAGAGACAAUCACCGUGUCAUUGACAAACAUGGACAUAAUGGCUGUAGCGCCCGCUUUGAGUUUUUGAGAGAGAAAGCGGAAGGACAAUGA